AGGAUCUUUAAUCCUCUGCAGCAGCAGACCAGACCAGCCGGUAACCGGAGGAGGGGGGACCGGAAUGGACCGCACAGGCUCGGCAAGGAUACACUGAAGGCCUGGUCUUAAUACCCGUCAUCAUAUCAACCGAGUGGAACCGAGACAAGGACCAGAAGGACCAGAAGGACCCAGAAUAUCUGCAGGCCAGACCUCCUCCUCUCUCCUCUCUCUUCAGAAGAGCUGGUUGAAACAUACUGUUCAUGCAUUGGACUCGUUUAAAAGCCCAGUUGUAGCCGGCUGUCGGAUACUGCGCCGGUUCCUCCCGGCGGCCCGGUUCUGGUUCUGGUUCCUCCCGGUGGUUUUCGCCCUUCAGCACCGGCCCCUGCUGUUCCUGUCAGCUGCUGCGCAUCAGCAGAACAUGCAUGAUGAGCCUGUGGGGGUGACAACCACGCACAUACUCCCGUCGACCGAGGAACAGGACGGUACCUGCAGAACCGACACCAGAACCGGGAAAUUCAUCCACCGAACCGACGGUCCCCUGAGCGCAUUCACACCGGAUCAUCAUCAUCAGCAGAUACCAGAUCAGUUCUGUCCUCCGCAGUCUGUCUGUGACCUUCAGCAGCAGCAGUCCAGUCAGCAGGCUGCGUUCGGUCACCUGCCGGUUCCGACGCGCCGUGCAGCAUUACGCGCAUUACGCACCGCUGCAGAGCUCCAUUGGAGCGGCUCUCCAGAACCAGAGGAACCGGCUGCUUCUGUGAACCAGAACAACAUCCAAAUGGACUCCCCCAUCGUGCACCACAUCAGUAACGGCAGCGGAACCGGUACCGGUACCGGUACCAUGCUGUCCGGUGGUCUCAACACCGCCUUCCAGAACCUCCCGACCCAGGAGCUGCAGAGCGCCUCUCCUUCGGUACCUGGGUCUGGGUUCGGCACCCCGUGGUCCGUCCAGACCAGCUCCUCUCCACCUCCUCCUGCACCCAGCUCCAUCAACCUCCACCAGAUGCCCCAGCAGGACUCUGACAGCAGCUUCUACCCGGGUCUCUCCUCCUCCUCCUCCAUCAACCCGGCGGCCUUCUUCCAGAGCUUCUCUCCGGUGUCGGUUAAUCCGUGCUCCGGGAUUAACGUGCAGAGCUUCAGCGGUUCUUUCAACGUCCCUCAGCAGCAGCAGAGCCGCAGGUCCCCGGUCAGUCCUCAGAUGCAGCUCCAGCAGGGAGCCUACCUGCAGCAGAGGAACAACUACAACCAACAUCAGCCCAUGGUGAAGCAGUCUCCGUGGGGCAGCCACCAGGGUAAUGGCUGGGGCUCCGGUGGGAUGUCCUGGGGCCGGGACCACCGCAGAGGGAACGGCAUGGGCGUACCCGGCUCCGUCAGUCACGUCUCGCCCCUGAAGAAGCCCUUCUCCAGCAACAUCAUCGCUCCUCCCAAGUUCCCACGCUCUGCUGGAUCACUGGGGCCUAAGUCCUGGUUAGAGGAGAACAUGUUCCGCACAGACGGCAACAGCAACACCUUGUUGCCCCUGCAGGACCGCACCAGAAUGUACGACAGUCUGAACAUGCACUCUCUGGAGAGCUCUCUGAUCGACAUCAUGCGAGCCGAGCAGGAUCCCAUGAAAGGCCGUGUGGGAUGCCCUAACCCCGGGGCCGACGGCCUCCUCAUGCUCAAUGCCAGGAGCUAUGGGAGACGUCGAGGCCGCUCCUCCCUCUUCCCCAUUGAUGACAAUCUCCUCGACGACGGCCACGGCAACCAGGGCGUCCCCGGAGUCCACGGCUCCCCCAACUGUUACCCCCACCAGAACGGGGAGCGCAUCGAGCGCUUCUCCCGCAAGGUGUUUGUGGGAGGUUUGCCUCCUGACAUAGACGAAGAUGAAAUAACCUCAAGCUUCCGCCGCUUUGGUCACCUGGUGGUGGACUGGCCACACAAAGCAGAGAGCAAGUCCUACUUUCCACCUAAAGGUUACGCGUUCCUGCUGUUCCAGGAGGAGAGCUCAGUUCAGGCUCUGAUUGAAGCCUGCAUGGAGGAGGACGGGAAGCUCUACCUGUGUGUCUCCAGCCCCACCAUCAAGGACAAACCCGUGCAAAUUCGACCGUGGAACCUGAGCGACAGUGACUUUGUGAUGGACGGAUCUCAGCCCCUCGAUCCUCGCAAGACCAUCUUUGUGGGAGGCGUCCCUCGCCCCCUGAGAGCAAUUGAGCUGGCCAUGAUCAUGGACCGUCUCUACGGCGGCGUCUGCUACGCCGGCAUCGACACCGACCCGGAGCUCAAGUACCCCAAGGGGGCGGGGCGAGUGGCCUUCUCCAAUCAGCAGAGUUACAUCGCUGCCAUCAGCGCCAGAUUCGUCCAGCUGCAGCACGGAGACAUUGACAAGCGGGUGGAGGUGAAGCCGUACGUCCUGGAUGACCAGCUGUGUGAUGAGUGUCAGGGUGCACGCUGUGGAGGCAAAUUCGCUCCCUUCUUCUGCGCCAACGUCACCUGUCUGCAGUACUACUGCGAGUUCUGCUGGGCCAACAUCCACUCCCGCGCCGGGCGAGAGUUUCACAAGCCGCUGGUCAAAGAGGGAGCGGACCGCCCACGCCAGAUCCACUUCCGCUGGAACUAGAGGUGCGACCACGACCGCGGUGACACAGUCAGAGGGAAGGGAAACAAAACCCCCGGCUAACAGGAAAGAGAGCAUCGCUCUGCCUCUCCUGCUCUCCUAAGCUAUCAGUAUAAUCCAGUACGUAACACUAUACAGUAUAUACUAUAAUAUAUAUAUAUAUAUCUAUAUAUCUUUUGUAGCAGCCAAACACCACAAGCCUCAGUUUUUCACCAAAACCCCCCUCACAUCUCAGGCUCUGACAACUCUUUUGUGGUACUUUCAUCUUUUUCUAAGAGGAGAUUUAAAAAAGAGAUUGAUUUUUGUAGGUUUUUUUAUUAUUAUUAUUUUUGUAUGUGAGAUUUAAAAGUAGAUAAUGGGAAUGUUUUUUUGCAUGGGGGCAGCUCGUCUGUCUGUUUGUCUGCUGCUAUAGCCGCCACCCGACAGUGCGUGUAUAGAGCACACUUGCUUCUGGGAAAACCUUGAUUCUCUUAACGUCGACGCCUGCCCCAGGUCAUUAACCAAAGGUAGCAAACAAAAGAGAUAGGAAAUUGACACAAAACAAUUGUUUUUUAAACGUUGCCAUGGGCUCUUUCUUCUUGUUAGAGAGUUUAUUAAAAUAAAAUAGGGUUAUUUCUGCGCUCAUACUGACCCAUAGAGUGAUACCUCAAAAUACUAAAUCUGGUUCCUGCUAACUGUAUUCAACAUUUAUACUUAACAAGCUAUUUUAGAAGCUUUGCUGCUAUAUAUAUAUACGUAUAUAUGAAUGGAUGUGUAGGUAAUAUAUUUAUAAACCAGAAAUUAAAUGCACUCAACCACUAAAUGGCCCCCCAUUGCCGUGGAAAGUGCAUGUUACCACAAUAGGCUUAUAGCUGCACAAAUAGCAUGCAGGAUAAAAACAACACACUGAUAAAAACAAACCACUGAAAUCAUAAUUGAAUAAGUAGCAUGACCGUCUAUUACAGAUGCCUACGAGGGACAAACAAAAAAAAAAAUCAGACAAAGCUAAAUAAAUAAAAAAAAUAACAUAUUUAAACUUGCAUGCGUUGAUGUUUAUCUGUUGUUUACAUACUUAACAAGAAGUGAUAUUGGUUCUACUGUAGUGGACGCCAUCAUCUUGUGACAUGGUGGCUUGUAUGGCAAAAAACAAAACAAAAAAAAGCUCCUGUUGUGAGAAGCAGAGUGGUGUUCAGUGGUUUGUGUCGUCCCCGUGCUGUGUGACUGUUUCUAGUGUAGACUGAGGCUCUAGUUUAGUUUAGAGGAGAAUUAAAAACGUCUAAAUGAGUCCAAAGGUCAGUCUGAUAGAGCGUCGCCCUGGCAGAACUAAUGCAAACAAAACACUUUAAAUGGGAGAAGCAUCAUUAGAACAUCUCUAAACUGCAUAUUUUGUAAUGAAUCAGUCAGGCGUUGCUGCUGCUGUGUGGCUGCAGCAAAGAAAGAUUAAAUAUCUCCACAUCUCCUCAGCUCACGCUUUCACGACGAGGACGAUGACCUCUUGGCGUGCUAAAGAUGAAACUCUCCUUUGUUUUGUGUUGUUUGUCUGUUUGAUUUCCACCUUGAAUUACUCUAAAAUAACUAUUUAGGGACAAUCUUUGUUUGAGUACGGCGGCCCAGCCGUCCGUUUGGUACUGUACAAGUGUGUCGUCGUGGUUUUUGUGUUCCACGCCCCCCCGGUGUGUGCUCCUCCUCGGUAUCGAUGUAUACUGUUACAAAAUUAUUUUUACGUCAUAUAAUUUAAUUUGUUUGUGUCAACUACUUACCCAUCACUGGCCCUUCAAUAUGUUUUUUUUUUUAUAAUAAUAUAUAUAUUAUGCACUACUUUUCUAUACCCCUACUCGUUUUUAUUUCUUAUCCACCCCCCCUCCACCCCUUUAAGUGAUUUCAGUGCAGAUGUGGAUUCUCUCCACCUAUUUAUAAUCCUACAGAUGAUUUAUUACAUUUUUUAUUUUUUCAUGAUUGCUUAUUUAAGAUGUAGCGUGAAAAGCAGUGGUCUUAAGUUAUCUAUGUUCUGUAUGAGUAGAGCAGGAAUCCAAUAUUUUCUAAUAUAUUCUAAUGUAGUCUGGAUGUUGUGAGGACGGGGGAGUCGGGAUGGCGUCGCGCGCUUUGACGUGAUCGAGGUGGAAGUUAAAGGGCGGGUCCAUUAUUUUUAAUAUCAUUCUGUAGCUUCCCAGUUCCUUAUGUAUUCAAAUCUGAAUAUUCAAAUUUUGGUAUGUUUUAGCAUCAAGAUACUAUUAGCCCUUCUAAGAAUGUUUUCCCACAUGGUGACCUGACGUAGGUUUCUGCAUGAUGACGCUGCUACAUGUACAGUUUAUAGCAGGGGUCUCCAACCUGUUUUCCUUUGAGAGCUAAUUUGACGAUAUGAAAGUGUCUGAGAGCUUCUCAUAGCACCAAGUUGUACAUCGCCAAUAACAGACAAACAGACAAUUAAUAACCAAACAUGAAAGCGGCAUAACUCCUCUAAUCGACAGCUGAUUGGCACGUAACCAUUUUGUGUCAGAAGGGGGCGGGAUGUCUGUGAAUUUGAUUGGAAAGAAAUUUAAACAAGGUUACAAAGUGACUUUGUGUUAUCAAAUAUAUGUGUAUAUGUUCUUUUUGUACGAUUAGAGAGCCACUCAGAAACGGGCGAGCUACUUGUUGGAGACCCUUAGUAUAUAAACAUCCUUGUAGUCAGUGUCUUAACGUUACAUACAGUAACUUAGAUGGCGGUCGGCUGUGUGGACGCCGCGUUAGUUUGGAUCCGAAGGUCACACAAUAACACAAACUAACUUAGCGAUCGAGGCAGCGGUAGACCAGCAACUCCCCUGUUCUGAGAGGUAAAAUAACUGUUUUUACGAAUGGAGUCUGGUGGCUUUGAAGAGAGCGAUAUAACGGCUUCAGUUCCUCGUCGGAAAGGAAGGAAAUUUCCAAACUUUGCACAGCUAACGUUGACUCAACGCUAGUGCUAGCGUUCACAUUAUUCACAAUCUUAUCAAAUAGCUAACGUCUGAGAUGGACCCGCCCUUUAAAGGUCGAGCUCCCGUCGUCCCCGUCGUGGCUUUAGUUCUCAUGAAUGUUUGAAUAUCGUCACCUGUAACACUUGACUCGUGCUGUUUUUGUGAGGUUCUAUUUUCUAUGUUGAACACUGUUACUUUGUUCUGUAUGUGUCUUUGUUUUUGUAAAAAUCAUAUUUAUUUCACUAUUUUUGUAGACAAAAAAAAAACCUAUUUGAUUUUGAUUGUAUUUUUCUAUUUAAAUAGGACAAUUAUACGAUUUAUUUCCCCCCCUCCCCCCCCCCCCCUUUCCAGUGCUAAUUAUGUCCAAAAGUUCUGUUCAAAGACAACGAAUCAUGUCAUUAGUAACAACAUCAAAGUUUUUUGAUACACAGUUGACUCUUAUUUUGAUACACAUUUCAUUUGAAGGAAGGAAACAUGAAGGUUUUAUUCUAUUCUUGGAAGACACUUGAGAUUCUCCCCUGUUUGCAUCGAGGCCCAGCUGCCUGUCCUCGUAGAUGCUCUGAAACUUGAAUAUAACACAUUUUGAAAGGCUGACUAACCUCGAAUCUGUGUUGUGAUGUGCAAUACUGUUUCUAAUGUUUGUAUAAAAAGUAAGAACUACAGUGUAAACCUUUUUAAUGCAGAUUUAUUUUUUUCAUUGCAUAUUUUGCAGAUUUCUGAUCCACAGUGUCAUUUUUUUACUGUCAGAAAAAAUAAACCCCGUUUUUUCAUUGCAACUAUUUUUAAAUCCAGAUAUCUUUGUACUGAUUGUAAAUGAUUGUAGUUAUUUUGGAUAGUGUUUUGCUAACAAAAGGAGAGACUUUUUCAUGCAUAUUUCUAUUUCAUUUCAUCUUGUUUUAUCCCACCUUUUAUUUUAUUUAAUAGUAGCAGAGUUCUUGGAAUAAUUUUUUUCAUAUUUAAAUGUCAUUGGUAUCAUUUUGUAUUUUUAUGUGGAAAUUCACUAUAUAUAUAUAAAAAAAAAUUAAGAUGCUAAUUGCUAAGAUAUUAUUUUGAGUUUAAUUAUUUUUAAAGCUAAAUAUUUGUAAUUUUAUUGUUAAAGUGACUAAUUUCUAAAUCAGAGUUUGUGUAUAGAUUCACAAAAGUGGUUUAUGAGGUGUUUGGAUUGUAAUUAUUACUGAAUGGUUCUUUGAUAUGCAAAAUGAAUAUCAUGUUUAUUUUUAUUUUUGUUGGUUUUGUAUUUAAAUGGGGUGUUGAUUACAAUCUUUUUUUUUUUCUUUCACUUCCUGAAUAAAGACCCGUUCUGUUUGGACACAACA